GUUAGUUUAUCCUGAUUUUCUGGACCGGCAGGGAUUGUUGUUGCAGGUUGAAGUCCACCGGCAAGUCUGCAGUCUUUAAGAUAGUACAAUUUACGAUGGAUGACAUUACCGAGAAGUUUUGUAAAGCGUCUACUCUAGUACCAGUAGGGCUGUCAGCUGCAGCUUUAGGAACGUUUAUGUUUCUCAAACGAUUCGGGAUACUUUAUCAGCUCUUUCACAAGGUUGACAAAAACAUCAAACGGAAUGGUGGUGAUGUAGUUGGGGAUGUUUUAAAGGCUCAUGGAGUGAAGUAUGUGUUUACUUUGGUUGGAGGACACAUAUCUCCAAUACUAGUGGCCUGUGAAAAAAUUGGAAUCCGUGUGGUGGACACUAGACAUGAGGUUACAGCUGUAUUUGCUGCCGAUGCUGUGGCCAGAAUGUCGGGGACAGUGGGUGUGGCUGCUGUCACUGCAGGACCAGGACUUACCAACACUGUGACAGCUGUGAAGAAUGCUCAGAUGGCAGAGUCUCCAGUACUGUUGAUAGGUGGGGCUGCUGCGACACUUCUCAAGGGAAGGGGAGCACUACAGGAUAUUGACCAGAUGUCACUGUUCAAGCCGCUGUGUAAAUACUGUGCAACUGUUACUAAAAUCAGGGACAUUGCUCCCACACUACAGAAAGCUCUACAGAUAGCCCAGUCUGGAACUCCAGGGCCAGUGUUUGUGGAGUUUCCUAUUGACAGUCUGUACCCAUACCAGACUGUCAGUAAGGAGAUUGGCAUCAAGGAGAAGGGAAGACUUAGUCUGAUGCAGAAAAUCACAAACUGGUAUCUGUCUAACUACUUGACUAAUCUGUUUGCUGGAGCAUUUGAGGAAAGAGAUAUGAGUCCAUUGGCAACUGACAUCAAGAAACCAACUUCUUCACAAGUCCAGAAAGGCAUAGAACUACUUUCAAAGGCAAAGAAACCUGUGAUUCUGAUUGGAAGUCAAGCUACACUUCCCCCAGUUCCAGUUGAGGAACUGAGGAAGGCACUGGAGGACAUAGGUGUACCUUGUUUCCUUGGUGGUAUGGCCAGAGGACUUCUGGGUAAACACAGCUCCAUACAGGCGAGACAGAAACGGGGCGAGGCACUCAAAGAGGCUGAUGUUGUUAUCAUGGCAGGUUCUGUGGCAGAUUUUAGGUUGGGAUAUGGCAGGGUGCUGAGCAGGAAGUCCAAGAUAAUUGCCAUCAACAGGAGUAAGGAGCAGCUAUAUAAAAACUCUGACAUGUUCUGGAAGCCGACAGUGGCUGUGGAGGCAGACGCAGCAAGCUACAUUGUGGAGGUUGCCCGAGGACUGAAGGGAUACAAGUGUGACCAGGAAUGGCUACAUCAACUAAAGGACAAGGACACUGUCAAGGAAAAAGCUAACCUGGAGAAAGCAAAGGAAGUAACCGAUGUGCACCUUAAUCCACUAAAGGUCCUCCACGUCACUGAGGAAGUGAUGGGAGACAACACUGUGAUGGUGGCUGAUGGUGGAGAUUUUGUCGCUACUGCCUCGUACAUUCUAAGGCCUAGGGGACCUCUUCACUGGCUUGAUCCUGGUGCAUUUGGAACUCUAGGAGUUGGAGGUGGUUUCGCAUUGGGAGCCAAAUUGUGUCGUCCUGACUGUGAUGUGUGGAUUAUUUACGGUGAUGGUUCCCUUGGUUACAGUGUGGCCGAGUUUGAUACCUUUACAAGGCACAAGUUGCCGGUGAUUGCCUUGGUUGGGAAUGAUGCUGGCUGGACACAGAUUGAGCGAGAACAGGAACCUAUGUUUGGUAGCAGUGUGGCUUGUAAACUGGCUUUCACCGAUUAUGAAAAAGUUGCCAUUGGAUACGGUGGAAAGGGCAUGCGAUUGGACAGAUCAAAUGAGGAGAAAAUUAAGGAAGUACUGGAGGACGCUGUGAAACAGAGUCGGGAUGGACACAGUGUAUUAGUUAAUGCUCUGAUAGGAAAGACCAACUUCAGGGAGGGCAGUAUUUCUGUGUAACACUUCAGAUGGACACAUCUAUCUCAGGGAUUCAAGUUCUACUCUCAAUAUAUAAACAUUUUUCGGUACCUUUAUAAGAUGCCAAUGCAGAAUCGAAGGCUUGGGGUUGGCCAUUUUAUUAGUAUUUGGCAAACUAAUGUCCAGUCAAUUGACUGACACAUGUCCUUUGCAGUUUACAAGGGUGCUAGACCAGAGGUGACAUUGAUUCUGCCACUUACACACCUUCCCUUUGUUUCUGUAUCAGAGGAUCACACCAGGGAUAACUCUGGAGGGGACCAUGGGGCCAUUUGCCCCAUAUUUUCCAAAAUGGCCCACAAAACUCACAAUUUCUGAAAUCUUGUCAAAAUGGCCAAUGAUUUUUGGUUCCAGGGUGAACCCAGCACAUGAUUGUGUAAAAUUAUGCUUUUGUUAAAAUUUCCACAUAAAUAAAUUUGUAUCAUCUGUAAGGUAAUGCAUACAGAGAUUCCAUAUUACCUUUUCCAGGUUGGCAGAGAUGAUAAUUACCAGGUACAUGUAUAUUGAGAGCAGAUCCCUUGAAUUUUGGAGAUACAAGUCUGUGAUGACACACCAACUCUCUAUAUGGAGCUGAAAACAUUCCUGUGAUAUUCAUUCUAAACAUUUUUAUAUAGCAAGAUUAGCAAAAUAUUUGUUUCCCUACAUUAAGGCAAGAAAUAAAAUUUCAGCAACACUAGUCUUUUGGGCAAGUUCAUGUUAAAAAAAAAGAAUGGGCAAAAAGUUGAACCAUUAUAUUGUUGUCC